GCAGGGAGGGUGGCCGCGCGGGCAGCGGCCCCGGCCCGCGUGUCAGCCCCUCGCGCCCCUCGCUCGCCCGCGGUCCCCCGUCCCGGCCCCGGCGCGCCGACAGCCAUGGUGGGCCGGCUGAGCCUGCAGGAUGUGCCCGAACUCGUGGACACGAAGAAGAAGGGCGACGGCGUCCUGGACAGUCCGGACUCGGGGCUGCCCCCCAGCCCCAGCCCCAGCCACUGGGGGCUCGGCGCGGCCGGGGGCGGUGGCAGCGGCGGGGAGCGCGCGCCGGCACCCGGGACGCUGGAGUCCGACGCGGCGGCGACCCCCGCGGCCCCGAAUCCAGCAUCUCCCCCCAGCCCCCUGGCCUUCGCCUGCUCGCCAAGGCUCUGCCCCCUGUCCUUUGGCGAAGGAGUGGAGUUUGACCCCUUACCGCCGACGGAAAUAAGGUACACGUCCUCGGUCAAGUAUGACUCAGAGCGGCACUUCAUUGACGAUGUCCACCUGCCCCUGGGCCUGGCCAUGGCCUCCUGCAGCCAGACAGUCGUCUGCAUCCCCAACUGCACCUGGCGCAACUACAAGGCUGAGGUGCGCUUUGAACCCCGCCACAAGCCCACCCGCUUCCUCAGCACCACCAUCGUCUACCCCAAGUACCCCAAGACCAUCUACACCACCACUCUGGAUUACAACUGCCGCAAGACGCUGAGGAGAUUCCUGUCCAGCGUGGAGCUUGAGGCCACGGAGCUCCUGGGCAGCGACUGCCUCUCGGAUGAGUGCUGACUCAAGCCCGGGUGGGGCUGGACCAGCUCUUCCGCCGCCUCCGAGUGCAGCUCAGGCCCCAGAGGAGUCUGUCCUCCACAUGCCUCUGAGCCCGGCCCGGGGAAGGAAAAAAUGUCACGGCAUCAUCUUAGAACCAUUGAGAGAAUUUUCGGUUUUUAAAAAGGGUCAAAUUACUUUUAAAAGGAGUAUAUUGCUAGUUUGCUGCUGCCUGGUGUCCCCAAAGUCUCAGUUUGAUGAGAAAACAGGAAGCCAACUGGAGCAAAAGGGAAAGGGCCCCAGUUUGAAAUCGGGAGGGAGGAGCGAGCUCUUCUUCCAUUGGCCAGCUGGCCUGGGGGAGGCCGGGGUGGGGCAAGGGGGUCUGGAGCCGUUCGGCCCGAGGUGUUCCCCGAGAGCGGUGCUCAUUCAGUAAGCUGUGACAUCCAUGUGGGUUCAGUCUGUGGACAACCGAGUUCCGUGCCGUAUUUUUUUCCCAUUUCCAUUUGUGUUUCCUGUUCACCAAAAACUCUUGGAAUUCUCGAAAUCUUUUUCAUGAUAUCAAAAAAGAAAGAAAGAAAGAAAGAAAAAGAAACCCAGACCACAAUAUAAGAUGCUUUAAAAAAAGAAAGAAAGAAAGAAAAGCUUCCCCGUGUUCUGACCUCUCAGGAGAGUCAGGUCAACAGCGGCCAGCUUGAGAACAGCAGCUUCAGUUCUGGUUCCUUCCACCCACUGGUUCCAAGCUUGGGCUCUGGCAAUGCGCCUUGAACCCUUGGCAUCUGCUGAUGUCUCCACAGGCUUGUGGAACUCUUCUGAUAUGUAUUUUGGGCUUUCCAAAUACUUUCCUAUGUUUUCAUAAGGCAGAACGUAGCAGAGAGCCCUUUUGAGAGAAACAGCAUUUUUAAAGAAUGCUUAGGGAAACCACUUUUGGGGACUCCGCGAGGGGCUUCUGCUCACAGUGGGAAAGGACGGCCACACCCAGGCCUUGCUGCUGUCUGGGAGGGGGCAGAGGUAGAUGUUUCUGGUAAUCUGUUUCAUCAGGGUGGGUGUCCUCUCCAGGGACCCCGGGUCAACUGCCUUUAGGACUGCCUUUAGGACUUUGACGGCGUCAGCACUGCAGAGGAAUCCUCCAGUGCCUUAGGUCUAAGCCCAACAGCAAGAAAAUCGCCCCAACCCCCACUCCAGGUGAAGGAAAGGUGACUUCAGGAUAGGAAUUAAUGUCACAAGUCAAACUCUCAAAACUUGGGCACUGUUGCAAUGGCACAUCUUUCUCUUAAGCGCUUAGUUUAGUGUGACAGUCAGGGCAUUAGGUGCGGAUGGAAGAUACUUCGUGAAUUCGGCCGAAGUGGCCUCAGAAGCGGAAAUGGCGGAUGGGCCAGAGGGUGCGGAGGGCCAGGCUGUCUCUGGCUUCAGCCCCCUGCCCACCCUGCCUCCCCCCUGCCCCAGCUUGUACUUCUUCCUGCCAAUCCCCAACAUUUUUGAGUAAAGAAAGUGGCAGAUGGCUGUUUUUCUUCCAAUAUUGGAAAGAACAUUCCAUGGAUAUUUCCUUUGAAUACAUCCACAUUCUCUCGAGUGCUCAAUGGUUAUAGUGUAUCGUAAACCUGGAUUCCCACCGUAUCUUUGGGUUUCUGUUGAUGGCUUCUGUGUGUCCUGAGAGCUCUGUAAGUACCCUGGAGUCAUAGCAGGGAUCUUUGUACUGAGGAGAGCAGGCGUGAUGAUACUCAUUCUCCCUUAAAGUCAUUGGAAGCCUCUAGAGCCAAACUGCCGGGCGUCCUCUUCCGCUUUAACAAUGUUUAGCCCGUCGUGCCCAUAACUGUUUGGCCACAUCUCUCAGUUGGGUCUGUGGCCCUGAGUGUGCUAUAGUGAAGUUGAGCAAGCAGGAACCCGUCAAGGGGACCCUCGGACUCCACACACCCCUUCGUCGUGCAGAGUGACAAAUGCCGUCUGCCUUUGGAAGAGUAAAAUUACCUGGCAUCUCUUGACAAAAAUGGAUUUUUCUCUCUGAUUUCAUAAUCUUAUCAUUGAAGACGAGAGGUAAAGGUAAUUUUUAAAUUGCAUUAAGAGAAGUCCCAAGGCUUUGCUCUGGCCCAGCGGGGACACUUGGGUGAGCUCAGGACAAUAUGGUGGGCAGCAUGGCAGCAGAGUCGUGGGAGAGCUUAGCCUUUGAACACGGCCACGUUUUGGGAUGUCCACGUGAGAUGUCUUUGUUUUGGGGGUUGGGUUAAGUUCGGGCAAAUCGGUCUAGGUGAGAGAAUCUGAAUAAUAUCAGUAAAGUAAGUAGAAGGGAGCGAUUGUGAACGUAGAAUGCCAGUGGGAAAGCAGCUUGUAUCCUAAGUCAUUCACCAGGGAACCAACUGUAGUUCUCUCUCGUCUUUUCUUUUUCUUCAAACCUGCUUUCUGCAAGUUGCAAGAAAGGAAGCAUAUGAAGAUGCGAUGGGACACGUAGGGUGGAUCCAAUGACAUUGAUCAUCGGUGAUUAGUGUUAGUUUACAAGGUGGACACAAUGGUUUUUAAAUUUUGCUCAUUAAAACCAAACAUUCCUGAGCAUGUCUGAGAGAUACAGUUUACUUCUUAAGUAAAAAGUCUUUGGGGCGCCUGGCUGGCUCAGUAAGAAGAGCAUGCGACUCUUGAUCUCACGGUCGUGAGUUUGAGCCCCGCGCUGGGCAUGGAGCCUACUUUUUUAAAAAAGAAGUCUUUUUUCCCAGUCUCUUAAAUUAUAGUUUUCAUGUAAUAAGGAAGAUUUGUAUGUUCAGAGAAAAGUUGUUUUCUUUUCCAAUUCAGACCUUUUAAAAAGAAUGAUUACCUUUUCCUUGGACUCCCUUCCUGUUUCUAACCUUAGGAGAUCCAGAAUAGCAUUUGACAAAAACUCCUUUUUAAAUUUAUCUUGACAUCUGUCCCAUUCCAUUUUGC